GAACCGUUGCAGUCAAGUGCUCGUCGCUAAGAAGACCAUGGAGUUCCACGAGGCUGUUGCGAUCGUGACGGGUGGCGGCCGCGGUUUCGGUCGCGCCUUCGCGGAGAAGAUUCUGGCUGGUCGUGGCAAGGUCAUGAUUACGGACGUGAACGUACACGAGUUGCAAGCCACGGGCAAAGAGCUGCAGCGCAAAUACGGCGAGCAGAAUGUGUGCUGGGACCGUCAGAACGUGACCGAGAAGGACAGCUUCUCGCGCGCCUUCGCGUACGCCAGCAAAUACUUCAAGAAACCCGUUAACGUGCUGGUCAACAAUGCCGGUAUCGCCGGCGACAUGACCUUUUACCAGCCCGAGAGCACCAAUUGGGAGGCUGUCAUCGACAUUGACCUCACUGCGCUCAUCCGCGGCACACAGUUCGCCAUCUGCGAGUUCAAGCGCACACUUAAUGGCAAAGAGGGUGUCAUUGUAAACCUUGGCAGCAUGGCCGCCCUCUCUCCAACGCCGUUCGGACCCGAUUACGCUGCGGCCAAGGCCGGUGUCGUGGGCUUUACACGCUCGCUGUACCAGCUCAAGAAGUCGGACAACAUCCGCUGCUUCUGCAUGUGCCCGGGUUUCGCCGAGACGAACAUGGGUCACCAGGCUGUCGAGGAAGUCCCUCAGUACACCAACAUGAUGGGCGGUCUCAUGCCAAUCAAGGCUGUGGUGGACGCUUUCGCCGCCGGUAUGCGUGAGCCUGACAAUGCUGGUCGUGUGCUGCGCAUCAUGAAUAAGGGCACGGCGUACUAUCGCUUCCCCGGCGACAAGACGCUGUUCCCGAACUCGAAGUUGUAAGGUGCUGGAUCAAGUCAACUUGCCUUGGUAGCUAGCAAAUACGAGUUGAAAUGUGGUGCUUGAAUGAAAUUUUUUGGUGAUGAGGUCAACGA